UACUAUUGCACCAAUGCAGAUCUCAUAAUAAUUUUGCUGUCACCCAACAAUGGCUCAACAGAAAUUUUUGUUUUCUUACAACUUAAAAGCAGUGAUACAUAUACAAAAUUGAUAGGUUUUUGCAGCUCAGAAUUCUUCGAAGUUCAUGUGAUAAAUUUGGUGAAACAAAUUAUUAAAAGAGGUGUAAAUGGCAGAAAAUCAUCCCCACAUUGAUCUGUCACCAUCCAUAGAACACUCAUGUGAAAUAUGCGGUGUGUCUGGACUAACCGACGAUUCUAUGCGAGAGCACACAAGACAAUAUCACGUUGAAGGAAGUGCUUUCUGUCCGUUUUGCGGUAUGGGUGGAGUUGAUGGCGCAGAACUUUUGCUGCACGUUAAUCAGGCCCAUCUGGACUACCUAACGCCGGAGAAUGAACUGAUGAGCUUCAUAGACGAUCAAAGUCCGAGUUCUUAUUUCAGUGUGGAUGGUGAUUCGGGUGACUCAAUGUCCGAAUGUCGUGGACUGUCGCCCAGUAUAACUGAAGUGCCAGGAAUCGAAAAGAUGAACGGAAUCGCUCACUCAAAUUUGAAUCACAAUCAAACAAACGGUCGCAACGCGAAAACAGUGAAUGAUCAUUACCAAAACGGUUUGAAAAGCUCAUCAGCCACAACGUCUGGUCAUUCCAAAAGUCAUUUGAGUCAUUGCGACUCGUGUUCAAGUAGUAGUGGUUCAAGUAGUUCAAAUGCUAAAUCGAAAAAUGGCGACCAAAAAGUCUGUGAUAUGAGUAGCGGGAAUAAGGAAUUCUCCAACGGGUUUGCUACAUCGAAUGGUAGUCAAGGCUCGCCACUACGGUCACAGUUGGGUUUAAAUUUAAAGAGCAAUGCUCCAGCGACAAGUAUGCAAAGUCCGAUGCAGUGUCCCAUAUGUCCAUACACUUCCGAGAGUGCUAGUAUUUUAGAGGAACACAUUAACCGAUCCCAUUUUGAUCCAUUGAGUCCAUCAGUUGUGAUUAGUUCAAAUCAUUCAGACACAUUAACCGCCCUCGCGUGUCCAAUUUGUGGCCGUGCCUUCGAAUCGUCGUCUGACUUAGAGCUACAUGUCAACAUUGAACAUAGAGAUAUUUUGAGUCCUGCUCGUAUCGAUAAGCCAACCACAAAUGGUUCUGUAAGGAGCAUGUGUCCCGUGUGUUGUAUGUCCCUAGAUAACAUGAAGACCGACGAAAUGGAAUUACAUAUUGAGAAGCACUUUGCCAAAAGUCCCGUUAAAAAGAAGACGGAACCGGAUCUGGAAAAAGAAGCUCAGAAGUUACGCGAACAGCGAGAAUUUGAAAUGCUGCGAGCUCAAUAUGGCAUGGACGAUCAAGGUAAUUUUCGCGAACAGUCCUCCAGUCAAAUGCAACGGGCAGUGUACGCAGGAGAAAUGAGUGUUGCCGAUUAUUAUGAACGACAAGUUGGUUUACGAGCAGCCGAAUCGCAUGGCAUUGACGAUGGCACGUCAUGCACAAAAUCAGUAGCACCUCGUGUGUUGUCGUUGUCUUCUUCUGCUCCUGGAGUUAUAAAGUCAUUGCUGUGCUCAAGUGUAGAUCACUAUGGGAGUUCAUAUGGAGAUAAGGGAUGGGGUUGUGGUUACAGAAAUCUACAGAUGCUAUUGUCCUCGUUGCUACAAAAUACAACAUACAACGAGGCUAUAUAUUCAGCGUGGGGAACACAUGGUCCAUCUCGGACGGCAAUGCCGAGCAUAUCACGUUUACAAAAAAUGGUUGAAGCAGCUUGGACAAGAGGAUUCGAUGUGCAAGGUUCCGAGCAGUUGGGGUGCAAGUUACACAAUACAAGAAAAUGGAUCGGUGCUACGGAGGUGGUUACCGUACUGUCAUGGCUGCGAAUCCAUUGUCAGCUCAUCGAUUUUCACCGACCCACAUCGCCUGACGGACGGCACACGUCAUUAUUCAAUUGGGUGUUAAAAUAUUUCUCCGAGUCCAAAAACCACACACCGCCACUAUACUUACAACAUCAAGGUCACUCGAGAACCAUCAUCGGAAUUGAACAGCGUACAAAUCACGAGCUAACAUUGCUUAUUCUUGAUCCAAGUCACGGUCCGAGACAAGUAGCGGCGCUGGGCUCAUCACAAGAUUCCCUCAGACUGAUACGCCGAGGACCAGCUGCUAUGCGUGCACCACAAUAUCAAAUUGUUGCUGUUCGAGGGCUGAUCGAUACAGAGGAACAAUAUCAAGCCAGUAAAGUUUUGCGUUCAUUAAGAAUUCCUGCAGAUUGUUGACGAGAAUUGAAAGCGUUUAGUCCAAUGCUAUUGUUACGUUUAUUUAAUUCUAAUUAUGUCGCAGCAAUAAUUUCGUAAUUAUAAAUUAAAACACAAUAGUUUAGGUAGAAUCGUAUGUUUCGUUCAUUUUUCAACAUUCAGACCACCCAUAGAUUUGUAUAAAAAACGAACAAUUUAGAAUGCGGUUAUAUCAUAAAUUUCAAAUUCGACAUCAUAGAAUUCAAAUUUUGUUUUGUUUUUAAUUUAGAUCGUCUAGUCCCUUUCGGAACUUUAAUUAUUAUAUUAUGUACACCAUAGUUUCGAAACUUUUACUAAUUGUUGAAUUAUUUUCGAUUUGUUAGACUAUAAAAGUAAUAAAAUUGCAUUUUUUGUAAUACUGCCAUCCAUGAAACGUAACAUACAUUUACUCAACGCACUUCAAGCAUGAGUGGUACUCUAAAUAGAAUAAUGAACCUGGACAGUAUA